UAAUUGGGACGUUCAGGAUCACAGCAGUUGUAGUAGUUGGCUGGAAAGACUGCAGCACUGCUUUUACACACAAGGGUGGGAGGUCCUUACUGCAAAUUGCAAUAUUCAUCAGAUGGAUCCCUGGUACCUUUAACAUUGGCUGCAACCAUUGUUUCAAUGCUAGAAACAGGAGAAAGUCUGUUGUAUUUCCGUAAUACUACAGAUAAGACUGAUUUUGAUUGGUAUUGAUAUAUCCCAUUUAUACGUAAAGCAUUAUUUACUGUAUAAAUACGCCUAGCACACAGAGGCAUUACAUAGAACUAUACAAGUCUGUGUCUCCCCUGAUUCACCAUGCUACAAUGCACAUAUAAUCCUAUAAAAUGGCUAUGGUGUAUAUUGCAUUCCCAAAACCAGGCUAUAAAUAUCAUGAUCACCACCCUACUGUAUCUGUCAAUAUAUAAUCUACAGUACAUACACUGGAACCUUUAGAUGAAUUAUUGCAAGUGUUUGGCAUUAGAUAUUGCAUUGAUGAACCUAUUUUAUAUUUACCGAAAGUACACUACAGUCCCCAAAUAAAGAUGGAGUUGCCUAACAAGAAGAAGAUGCUGCUAUUGGGAUGUAUCUUUGUGUCGAUCAUCGUUUUCUCUGCAUUGUACAGACUACAGCUCCAUAUACAAUUUUUGAGUUUUUCUGCAAACAUACCUUUAUCUUUUAUAUGUCCUGAAAAAGACAACAAGCCUACUGAGCCAGUCAAGUACAUCUCAGAAUCCAGCACUAGUGAUAUAGUAUCCAAAUGCAAAGAUUAUGGAAUUUGGACAGUGAAACCUGAUGGGAGGUUAGGCAAUCACAUGGGUGAAUAUGCUGCACUAUAUGCCUUGGCCAAAGCAAAUAGACGUCAAGCCUUCAUACUUACAGAGAUGCAUAACUAUUUAGCACCAAUAUUUAAGAUCACUCUGCCAGUUUUACAUUAUAAUGUUGCCAGCCGUGUCCCAUUUCAAGAGUACUGGAUACAUGACUGGAUGUCAGAAGAAUAUAAUCACAUUGAAGAAAGUUUUAUAAAAAUCACCGGUUUUCCUUGUUCAUGGACGUUUUUUCAUCAUAUGCGGGAUGAAAUCCGUAGGGAAUUCACAAUCCACGACUACCUUAGGGAUGAAGCCAACCAAGUUUUAGAAGGGUUAAAAGGUUCCAGAAAAAAUGUUACCUACAUUGGGGUACAUGUCCGGAGAGGAGACUAUGUAAAUGUCAUGCCAAAUGUUUGGAAGGGUGUGGUGGCAGACAAAGGCUAUUUGGAAAAGGCUAUGAAUUAUUACCGUAAAAAAUAUGACGAACCAGUUUUUGUUGUGACCAGCAAUGGAAUGAACUGGUGUAAGGCCAACAUUGACAACUCCAAGGGAGAUGUCUUCUUCUCAGGGGAUGGCAAUGAGUCAACACCUGGCAAAGAUUUUGCACUUCUGGUUGGGUGUAACCACACAAUCAUGACAAUCGGAACAUUUGGUUUCUGGGCAAGUUACCUGGUUGGAGGGGAAACCAUUUACCUCACGAACUUCACAUUGCCAGAAUCGGAAUUCUUGAAACUUUUUCAUUAUGAUGCAGCUUUCCUCCCACAAUGGAUUGGGAUUCCUGCUGACCUUUCACCUCUCAGGCACUCGUAAGACUGCUAGAAAAGCCAAAUCUGCCUAGGGCACACACGUGGACAUGUCCACAUACUGCCAUAUUUAUCCAGGAGAACGAGGCUGUAGAAGUUUAUAAAGUGAUGGAUAUUGUUGAAGCUACAGAAGACUCCUACAAAGCCUGUUUUGUUUUGGCUUUUUUUGUUUGCUUUUAUAUUCAUGUUAAAUAUUUGUUUGACUAUUUAUUUGAGCUUUCUGCUAACUGCAUCCAAAUGCUCCAGAAAACCACAAAGGCAAUUGCUAAUAUUGUUGUAAGAGCUUUAUUUUUCUAUCAUCUUUCUGUGUUGUUUAAACAUACAUGUAUAGUAUCAGGUUGUUUAUUUGUGUUGCACUGGGAUACGAGAAAAAGCUGCUCCUUGGAUACUGCUGUACAUAAUGCGGAUGGCCGAGCAGAACCCACAGUAGUGAGUAAACAAUUAUACGGUAUAAUGUAAAUACAUGGCUAAAAAGUCCAAUAGCAAGAUAAAGCAAUGGUUCGGAAAAGUUGCAAAUGGACAUGUGCCUGCCAGUCAAUGUAACUCACUGUAAAUCUAAUUACAGCUUCUCUCCGGUCCAAUGUAUUGCUAACCUGAAACGUUCGCUGAACACGUAUACUGUAGGAAAAAGAGUUGAUUAUAAUAAUCUGCAUCUAUGUGAAGUUCUGCGUCUGGACCUGGGAGUUGUGAUGUUUUUGCUCCGUAAUGAUCAGCAAAAUACAAAAGAUAGCAAUUCUUACAAAAAGUAGAUUAUGCUAAAAUUAAAAGAUAUAAAGUAUUUUCCUAGUGAAAUAAAUAUAAUGUUUUAUUAGUUGUCUCUCAGGGCUAAAUUACAAAUGUGGUUUGUAUUUGAUAUGCGGUCCAUAGGAGAUAAAUGGCAGUCGGUCCUAGUGCAUUGUUUCCCAACCUCAGUCCUCAAGGUACACUAUCAGAUCAGGGUUUGAUGAUAUCCGUGCUCGAGCACAGAUGGUUGAAUCAAAUAAUUGAGGUACUAAUUAAGUCCCCUGUGAGCAAAUAUAGCUAUACUUGAAACGUCGACCGUUAUUGUUCAUGAGGUCUGAGGUUGGGAAACACUGCCCUUUGAGGAUUUAUGUAAUAAGCUCAACCUGUACAUCCCACAGUGCAGGGGAAAGUGGUCAGCUCUCUAUCUUUUUUGGCUGAUUGAAUGUGAUAGUUACCUGCUAUGGUAUGCUAGCAACUAGUGUCGGAUUUUACGGGUGUAGUAUGAUUGGCCGGCUGUCGGGAUCCUGGCGCCCAGAAUACCGGCGCCGGGAUUCCGACCGCUGGAAUGCUGGCAGCAGGGCGAGCGUAAAAGAGCACCUUGUGGGCUCGCCGCGCUGCCGGCACGGUGGCGCGCCAUGCUAUUUAUUCUCCCUCCGGGGGUGUCGUGGACACCCCAAGAGGGAAAAUAGUUGUCAGUAUACCGGCGGUCGGGAUCCCGGUGCCAGUAUGCUGAGGUUGCGGCGCAUGUGCAGCUCAGAUGCGAUCGCACCACUGCAAAAAACUGCAGCGUGCGAUCAGGUCGGAAUGACCCCCAUUGGCUGGUAGACAGGCUGAGCAGUGUGUGCCUGUCUUCCAUGCGUGCGGUGGCUGCCGAUCCCUGGGUAAGGAAGUCAUCACAUAAGUUAAAUACAACUUCACAUGUAUGUUCAUAUGUGCUGGCCAGCUCCUCACCCUGCAUACUUUGGGCUACACUCCAUCCCAGAGACAGCAGCCACCGCUGCUGCUCCCAAUGCCUCCAAACUACAGCCCCGUCUCCCAGUGACAUCGGCCAUCAAUCACCGGGAGGCAGGGAGGAGAGGCCUGCAUAGGCAGUGAUGCGGACUAGCUGCGUCACUGCAAAAGGGUGUGGCCUCAUGCUAUCCCAUCCGCUGCUGCAGCACAUGACACUGGGACCUGAGUCUCUUAAGACUCAAGUUCCCAGCAUCCACAAGGUGGAAGUGGAAUCGGCCAGCCCAUCCUGCACAUGUGCACAUUGCAGUCUCCCCAGACAGACACGGCUGGCAAUUAGGAAUUUGGCUUGGUGAUCCUUUAAUUGAUGAGUAUACUUAACAGUGAAAAUUAUGUUGCUUGCUACUGUAUGCAAUUGAUUUCCUCCAAUACUGUAUAUUUCCGUUCAUUUGCUCCUUAAUUGAACCAUAUCUUGUUCAUGACUAUUUAAGAAAAAUGUUGAUACUCCAAGCAAUGAAGAAGCUAACAUGCACCUACCAAGCCCUGGAAUUAGAAGUCUCUGAAUGCCUCGUUAGAUUUUGAUAAGGAUGGCCUACUAGGAUGUGCACUUAACAACAGUAAGGGAGUCACAGGCUGGCCAUGCCUGCGAUAGAUACUACCUUGUUGAAUGAUAUAAUGUCCAUUUCUCUGGUCCGAAUUUGCUGCUAUUUUUUUAUCUUGCUGGGGCCUGCUUCUAUAACAAAUCAGUGGUUUAGAAAAUAAACAUGUUAUUUCCAGCAUGUGCAAAUAUCAAUCAUCCUAUCAAUGUUUUCCUAAAUGAAUAAUGAAAACAAGUCACCAAUUGCCUAGGAAACAUUUAUAUGUUACUUGUCUAUUGUUGUGUAGAUUAUUUAUUAAGUGCCUUGGCGAUUUUAGACACGUACAUUAAGCAUUUCCUUCCUGAAAAGGCUUGUUGAACUUUGAUAUGUAGCAGUGCCCAGAUGUACCACUGUAUGACAUGGUAAAUGAUAUGUGUGUAACAAGAAUGGUACACUGCAUUUACCUUUAGUGCAAGAUUACAACAUGCGUUUAGACCAGGGUUUCCCAAACUAGAUCCUCCAGGAACGCUAAACAGUUCAGGUUAUAAGGAUACUUAUGCUUAAGCACAGGUGAUUCAGCUAGUACUUUAAUAAGUUUGAUUUAACCAUCUGUGCUCAAGUAUAGAUAUCAUAAAAACCUGGACUGUUAGGGUGCCUGGAGGAUCUAGUUUGGGAAACCCUGUCUAUACGCAUGUUAUAGUCAUGAACUAUAGGUAAAUGCAGAAUGUAUAAUGCUUGUUACACACACAAUGUUUUGUUUAUAUCUCUGCUCCUGGCUUUUAAUAGAACAUCACAAGUUCUUCUACUCCCAUUACGUUUUACUGGCCGUUAAUGGAUUGUGAAUACUGCAGGUAACACCAAAAGUGACUUAAAAGGAUGAAAAUGUUAAUUGGAUGAUGAUUUUAGUUUAAUAAGCUUUAAUGAUACACAAUGAACACGGGAUCCAAUUAGCAGGUUGAUAAUCAGAAUUGUAACAUGGGGCCGGAUGUAAUGACACCCGAGGUCAAUGGUCGUGCGGGCUGCCGGUCGAAGUUGGAUGUUUUUUUUAAGGUGGCAAUCACUUAUAAGGCAUAGUUUUACCUUAUAAGCAAUUGUCCCUUUAAAAAAAAAUAAUCUGAAUUAGGCGGGCAUCCUGCACGACCACUGAACUUGGGCGUCAUUACAUCUGGCCCAUGGUCUGAUUGUCUAAAGAAUGUUGACAUGGGCAAUAUGUCGACAUAUAAAAUGUUGACACCAACUAAUGUUGACAUGGUCAAGAUAUUUUAUACGUUGGCACCAUGCGAUAUGACAGGGUUAGGCUCAAAUAAGUAAAAAAACAAAAACAAAAAAACAAUAUGUCAACAUACUGGUGGGAAUGUCACCAUAUUGUCUGUAAACCUAUUGUCUAUGUUGACAUUCUGACUGUCAACCUGUUGACAAAUGUCGACCUUUCAUACAGCACCUAUUAAACACAUGAGAUCUAUACCAGUGGGUAUGAGCUAUUGGUGUACUGAGCUAAUAGGCCCUACACACUGGGCGAUAUCACUGAAAGAUAUGAACUAUCUCGUUCAUUAAUGAACGAGAUACCGUUCAUAUCUUUCAGUGUGGAGGCACUAGCGAUGAACGAUGCGCGACCACGCGCUCUUUCAUCGCUGGUGCCCUGUCGCUUGGGCAUUCAGGCCAAUAUGGGCGAUCUCGUCCAUAUUUGCCUACACUGCUAUGGAGCCGGGUGACAGGGGGAGUGAAGAAACUCCACUCACCCCGUCACUGCCCCCCCCCCCCCGCCGCGUCGCCUGUCGGCCUUAUCCACCGUCAGGCAGCUCAGUCGGCGGAUCGCAUAGUGUGUAGGGACUUUACUUCCUUGAACUAACCCAGUUGGGAUGACCUAAUGUAGCUAAAUAAAUACUGUAGGCUGAAAAAUAUUUUUUUUAUUUAUAUUAUAAUUGUAUUUAUUUACACAAAUAGCAUAAGAUUUUAAGAUAUUCAAAGUCAGGGAAGUGUGCGUGUCUUUGCUAAACAAAAAGUAUGUUUGUGGAGAAUUCUGUUAUAUGCAAUUGGUGUAUGACCUAUUUUGCCUUGUUACAUGUUAUGAAUCAUUCCCAUUUAAAAUGAAGAUAUUUAAAGCCAUUGUGUUGCUGCAAGGUUAGAAAACCAAACCACUAAAUAAAAAUGUUGAAUA